AAAGAGAAAUCCUGAAGCGAUGUGGCGUGUGCCGAAGUUGGCUCUCUGGGCCGAAGCUUUCUUUGUCCAAAUGAAAGUAUUAAUAUCGAAGAUUGAAACGGUUUAACCGCGGAAUACUUUCCUCGAGUAUUUUUUAGUACUUUCCUUGAAAUUGUACGUCUUAUGUAGGAGUGAAUUCUCCCCGAUAAUUCGUUUUUUCCAAAAAUGUCAUCGCAGAGUCAAAAUGCUAUGAAUGUAAGUUCAACCGUUUCACCGACGAAUGGAUUAUCCGGAUCGACGACAACUAUCUCGGUCUGUAUCAGGAAGAUGCAGUCUGUUACCACUAUCCCGUCCUCACAAUCCUAUCAACAAUAUUCAUCACCAUCAUUAUCACCAUCACAAUCGCCGCCACCGAUGCAACAAACUUUACAACAACCUAACAAUAUAGAGGCAAUUGAUAAGAAUUCCUCCAAUACAUUAAAACGUAAUCCAAAAAUGGAAUUAAGUAAAACUGAUUUAUUAAAACUAUUAGGGCACUUAGAAGGAGAAUUACAGGCACGAGAUAUUGUAAUAGCAGUAUUGAAGUCGGAAAAAUUGAAACAUUUAUUAAAUAUCCCAUAUCUGAGUGGAACAUCAGAUCCACAUGCUGCACUUGCUCGUGAUGUUGUAUUAGUAGGUGGUGUAAGUAAAUAUGAACCAAAUCAAAUAAAUAAACAAGUUCCUACAUUAGAUGCACUUAUAACACAACAAAGAUGUAUGCAGCAUAAAAUGUUCAAAGUUCUUAAAGAAGCAGAACUUAGGCACACAGGAGUUAUUAAGAAAUUAGAAGAAGAAAAACAAAAACAUGAGUAUGAUACUGCCCAGGGUGAUGAUAUUACAUAUGAAUUGGAAAAAGAAAGAACAAGAUUGAAAAUAGAAUUAGAAUUAGAGAAUAUUGUAGAUUAUUUAAAAGAGAAUAUAAGAUCAAUCCUGACCCUUGGGCAAUUAGAGCAAACCAUUGCAUACUAUAACUAGUACAGAUAUAUUAGUUGCACUUCUGUAUUUUUGAGUAAAUAAAUCUGUAAUAAUAGCAUAAA